AUGGCGCCAGCCAAGGACAUGCGACGACCAGACCUGGUUGUCCCCUACCAAGAACCCGCCGCGUCGAGCGACAAGCCCGAGUUCUCGUCCACCAUCUCGUCGACGCUGCCCAUGGCGGCCAUGUUCACCCGAAACCGGUACAUUGGAUGGGCCGCCGUCGUCUUCACCGUACAGAACUGGCUGGGGGAGAGCGAGGACGCCAAGAAGAAGUCGUCGACGCCCGGGGUCUUUUCGGUGCUCAUGUCCGUCAUGGCGCUUGGCGUUACCUACAUGCCUCUCUUCCUGCCGCCUAAUCGCGGACCGGCCGGCGGAUCCAGGACCGAACCUCCCGCCCCUGUCCCUUCUUCGUGA